UUGAGCGAAUUAGCAUGGGUGUUAUCAUCUUGAACUGCAUUACCCUUGGAUUGUACCAGCCAUGUGAAGAUGAUGUAUGUGCUUCAGUCCGGUGUCAAGUUUUGGGAGGAUUUGAUCACUUCAUUUUUGCAUUCUUUGCUAUCGAGAUGUUGAUCAAGAUGUGUGCCAUGGGUGUAUUUGGGAAAGAGGCAUACCUGGGUGAAACCUGGAACCGACUUGAUGCUUUCAUUGUCCUUUCUGGAUCUAUUGAAUAUGGACUAAACACUGAAAACCUGAGUCUAUCAGCCAUAAGAACAAUACGUGUCCUCCGACCCCUCAGAGCUAUCAAUAGGAUUCCAAGUAUGCGCAUACUGGUGAUGCUCCUGCUGGACACUCUGCCGAUGUUAGGAAAUGUACUUCUUCUAUGUUUCUUUGUCUUCUUCAUCUUUGGUAUUGUUGGGGUACAAUUGUGGGCUGGAUUACUGCGACAACGGUGCUUUUUGAAACUUCCUAAAAAUGUCAUUGGAAAUGAGUAUCUUCCACCCUAUUACUAUGAAUCAGAUGAAGUUGAUUACAUCUGCAGUAAAGACUCCGAUGAUGGGAUGCAACACUGUCGCAGAUUACGACCAGCAACUUUUGGAUUGAUGACAUGUAAUUCUUCAGCCCUGCCUUUCAGUAAUAACACGCCCAGUAACUAUACUUGUGUCAACUGGAAUCAGUAUUAUACUGACUGUCAUGCUGGAGAUAAAAAUCCCUUUCAAGGGGCAAUAUCAUUUGACAACAUAGGAUUAGCAUGGGUCGCUAUCUUCCAGGUGAUCAGCUUGGAAGGCUGGGUGGAUAUUAUGUAUUAUGUCCAGGAUGCACAUUCUUUUUGGGAUUGGACCUAUUUUGUGAUGUUGAUUGUGAUUGGUUCAUUUUUCAUGAUCAACCUUUGUUUAGUGGUGAUAGCUACCCAGUUUUCAGAGACAAAAAAACGAGAGACAGAGCGCAUGAUGCAAGAACGUAAACGUUUUCAGUCCAGCAGCACUUUGGCUAGUAAUUCUGAACCAGGAGGUUGUUAUGAUGAAAUAUUGAAGUAUAUUGCUCAUCUAUGGCGUAGGCUAAAACGCCGUACGUUACGUUUAAUCAAAAGAGCCCAGGGACGGCGCCAACGCAAAGUGACUCCAGAAAAAGCAAUAUCGUUACGAGGGAAACGUAAAAAGAAGGGUCUCUCACAGACAUUACAUGUGCAUCAUCAUCACCAUCAUCAUCAUCAUAUCCAUAUAUCAGGCGACACAAAUAGGAGAAAUAGUAGUCCACGUGCUCCGAGGGCAAGCCCGGAGAUUUCGGAUAUCGACCCGGUUUCCUCACCACGACGUCCAAAUCAUUUAGUGCUGCCAAGCAAUAAUGGUCUUAACCCAUUAUCAGAUUCUCUUCGCAGUGUUGUAUACACCACCUCGGAAACAUUGGCGCCUUAUGAUACCGCAAAUGUCAAAUGCCAACAGUCUUCCCCAAACCAUCUCGUGGCAAACCUCACUGUGAGUAGGGCACAUUCAUUUAGCGGGAGGAGUUCACUGAAGAGUCUUCAGCCGGAGGUGUUGGCUGUUCAUGGAGCUAAAAAUGCUGCCUUAGCUGCUACAAAUUCUAUGCUGAACGUCGAGUAUGAUGUUAACAAGCUGCAUCCCCACAUUGACAAGAAUACAAAUAUACAUCUUUCAGCCCCACAUAUCUGUGCAUCAUCAGAUUAUGAUUCCAACCUGCGUCGGGUGUCCCAUUCAGAGUAUGAGUGGUCAGACAGUGAUGAUGAGGCAUCUUCAAGUGAUUGGAAGGAAAAUGAUGAUGAUAUACCAAACAAGCCUCAUGGACGGUAUUCUCAGUUAAGAAAUAUCCUGAAACUCAUUAAAGGUCACUGGAGAAAGUUCUGUGAUAAAGUAAAAACAGUAACAGACGGGAACAUUUUUCAACGUGGAAUACUACUAGCAAUUCUUAUCAACACACUUAGCAUGGGAAUUGAAUAUCAUAAUCAGCCUGAUCGAUGGACAUUGGUUUUGGAAUACAGCAAUAUAUGUUUCUGUGCCAUCUUUGCUGCAGAGAUGACUCUCAAAUUGAUUGCUGAGGGUUUAUUUGGAUACAUUAGCAAUGGCUUCAAUGUCUUUGAUGGAAUAAUUGUGGUACUAAGCAUUGUGGAAUUGGUCCAAGGUGGUGCUGGUGGCCUCUCUGUUCUUAGAACAUUCCGCCUGCUGAGAAUCCUCAAGCUUGUGCGCUUCCUACCAGCCCUGCGCCGUCAGCUGGUGGUCAUGUUGAGAACUAUGGAUAAUGUUGCUACAUUCUUUGCACUGUUAGUGUUGUUCAUGUUCAUCUUCAGCAUACUAGGAAUGAAUCUUUUUGGAUGCAAAUUCUGUACAAAAAGUCCAUAUUUCCCAACUGGGAGACACUGUGACCGAAAGAAUUUCGAUUCACUACUUUGGGCUAUAAUAACAGUAUUUCAGAUUUUAACCCAGGAGGAUUGGAACACUGUUUUAUAUAAUGGUAUGGCAAAGACAUCAGCCUGGGCUGCCCUCUACUUCAUAGCUUUAAUGACGUUUGGCAAUUACGUACUCUUCAACCUGCUGGUAGCCAUCUUAGUUGAAGGAUUUUCAUCUGAGGGUGAUGAUAAAAAGAGAGAUAAGGAAAAAGAGGAGGAAGCAAGAGUAUUGGAGGAGGAGGACAAUGAUGGAAAGAAUAACGGGAAGAAAAUUUAUGAUCUCAAGAACAAUAAAGAAAAAGAACGGAAAAUGCUGGCUCUCUCCCCCUGCGAACAUGGCUGGAAGGACAAUCGUCAAAAUGAUGGUCCUUUGAAUCCACCGAUUAUCACUCACACAGCAGCCACGCCCAUGGCCACACCCCAAGGGUCACCAAAUGAGAUGCUCAACACUUCCAAAGAUUUCAACAACAAGCUCUCCGUUACCAACGUCAAGUCAUUUAACCUAAGUUCGCUGUCUGUAGGUCAUGUUGAUAAGUCUAUGACCAGCCUGAGUAUCUGCAGUUCACCACGACUCACCCCACUCCUCAAACACCACAGCAGCUUAAAGAAUACAAAUUGGAAGGCAAGAAAUAUGAAUACGAGAAGUGACAAGACAACAUUAGUUGACACCCAAUCUGAAAGUGGUGAGGAUAGUGACGAGAACAGAAGAAAUAAGGCAUAUUCUCAUCGCCGAUAUUCAACACCAAUCACAAAUAAUUACAGUGAUUGCAAUGGACCUGCACCACUUAACAACCAGCGUGCUUUGAGCCCUCAUUAUUCAGUGAAAAGCAUGAAAGCCAUUUGCCCAAACAACUCAAUAAAGGAUCAUCAAUUUGCCAGUCGACAAAACUCCAUCAAAAGUUAUCAGAGUAACAUAAGCAGGAACAACUCAUUUACUCUCAGUCGUCAGAAUUCAAUUCGUAGCCAGCGGACAUUGAGCCCACAGAAUUCUCUAGGCAGUUGCACACCCAAGGAUGAGUACAAACCAAAUAAUCUGACUGAUGUCCAUCAUGUGAAGGUUGCUGAUGGCAGGUGUCUGGGGAACAAACAGGAUGAACCAGAGGAUUUAGAUGCAAUGGAUGAAUUGACUUGCGCGUGCUCGUGGUGUCCAGAACCAAGUGGAUGCUUCUUAACGAGAGUUGAAUAUUCGAUGUAUAUGUUAUCUCCUAAUAACAUCCUGCGACAGAAAUGCCAACACCUCAUAUCCAGGAAAUGGUUUGAUUAUUGCGUUCUAUUGUUCAUUGCUCUUAACUGCAUCACUCUAGCAAUGGAACGCCCGAGUAUACCACCAAGUAGUGCAGAACGCCAGUUCCUUACCAUAUCAAACUAUGUGUUCACUGUGGUGUUCACUUCAGAAAUGGCCAUAAAGGUUGCUGCCAAAGGAUUUAUCAUUGGUCAGCAUGCCUAUUUGAAGAGUGGAUGGAAUGUCCUAGAUGGUUUCCUUGUCAUCAUUUCCUUAGUUGACACCCUCAUCACAUGGAUAGCUGGCAGUAGCAAUAGAAUAUUUGGAAUUCUGAGAGUUCUCCGCUUACUGAGGACACUUAGACCAUUAAGGGUCAUCAAUCGUGCUCCAGGCCUCAAGCUUGUUGUCCAGACUCUUCUCUCCUCACUCAGGCCAAUUGGAAAUAUUGUACUCAUAUGCUGCACUUUCUUCAUUAUCUUCGGUAUAUUAGGAGUACAGUUAUUCAAGGGAAAGUUUUACUACUGUCUUGGUCCCACUGCUAUUUAUGUCAAGAACAAGACUCACUGCCUGUCAGAUCCGAGGAAUAUUUGGCAAAAUCAGAAAUAUAACUUCGAUAAUCUUGGCCAGGCAUUGAUGGCUCUCUUCGUACUUGGCUCUAAGGAUGGUUGGGUUUCGAUUAUGUACACUGGAAUAGAUGCAGUUGAUGUUGAUGUUCAGCCAAUCGUGAACUACAAUGAAUGGCGUCUUCUCUACUUCAUAUCCUUCCUGCUGCUAGUGGGUUUCUUUGUAUUGAACAUGUUUGUCGGAGUUGUUGUUGAAAACUUCCACAAGUGUCGUGAAGAUCAAGAGAUAGAAGAAAAAGCACGAAGGGCUGCAAAACGUACCAAGAAACUGGAAAAGAAACGAAAGAGUAAAUUGGCAAAUAAUGCUUCAUCUGAAAUGAAAGAGCCACCAUAUUGGGCCAAUUAUUCGGGACCACGGCUAGUUAUGCACAAUAUAUGUACAAGUAAAUAUUUCGAUUUGGCUAUUGCCGGGGUGAUAGGUCUUAAUGUGAUCACAAUGGCGCUGGAAUACUAUAUGAUGCCAAAGGAAUUGGAAUUUGCUUUGAAGAUCUUCAACUAUUUCUUUACUCUGGUAUUCAUUCUGGAAGCCAUCCUGAAGAUUAUAGCCCUGGAGAAGAGGCGAUACUUUAAGGAUAGCUGGAAUCAACUUGAUAUCAUUAUUGUAAUCUUGUCAGUAGCAGGUAUCGUCCUGGAGGAGAUGGACACUGAUGUAAUUCCAAUCAAUCCAACGAUUAUCAGAGUUAUGAGGGUACUAAGAAUAGCCAGAGUGCUUAAGCUCCUGAAGAUGGCCAAAGGAAUAAGGGCACUCCUUGAUACUGUGAUUCAGGCUCUUCCACAAGUUGGCAACUUGGGCCUGUUGUUUUUUCUUCUGUUCUUCAUAUUUGCUGCUCUUGGGGUAGAGCUGUUUGGACGUUUAGAAUGUUCAGAUGAGCAUCCUUGUGAGGGUCUUGGUGUGCAUGCCCACUUUGAGAACUUCGGCAUGGCAUUCUUGACACUGUUCAGGGUGGCAACCGGGGACAACUGGAAUGGUAUCAUGAAGGACACACUACGUGAAGACUGUGAUUCUUCUACUAACUGUGUUAAGAAUUGCUGUGUCAGCCCAAUUAUAUCCCCAGUGUAUUUCGUAGUUUUUGUACUGAUGGCACAAUUUGUUCUCGUCAAUGUAGUAGUGGCAGUGCUCAUGAAACACCUAGAGGAAUCUCACAAGAUGAUGGAUGAUGAUGCUGAAAUAGAUGCUGAGCUUGAGCGAGAAAUGGAAGAGGAGAAAGCAAUGAGAAACAAUGCUAAACUUGCUGAAAACAAGCAAAAUCAUGCAUUUAAUUGCGAGAGAGAAAGAGAGCUUUUGGUUGGAGAUAAAGCAACAACAGAUGACAAACAUCUCCAGGUCUGCAAGCAGACUUCACUGCCACCAAAUUUUACCUUUAAUCUCUGGCCACCAUCUUCAGACUUAGAAAAUAAUGAGGAACUGAACAUUUCAGGCACCAUACGGUCCAAACCCCCGCCUCGCCCUCUCCCGCCUGGCACUCCUGCACCACCUAAAGACUAG